AUGUUACACAGCUCGUCGGCGGAGGAUGCCCGGCAUCACAGGCCGCCUCCACCGGCGAUUCCACCGUCGCCGACACUAUCCAAUCCAGAUAUGAUCCUGCCGUUUGACGGUGAGCGCGAAUCCUCUACCCCCUCGCCCCCAUUCAACCUCCCGUCGCUGUCACACCUCCAAUCCUUUUACAACAACCGCCCAUUCCCCAAUGAUCAAAGUGGAAAUGGCGCUCCUAUGGCCUUCCAACGAACCCCCAAAAAGCCAUUCCCACGUCAUACCUGGCAACAAGACGGUCUGGAUGCGAGCCGUCGCCUGUCUGAUAUCGGGGAGGAAGAUGCGUCGUCAACCUCGUCGGUAAGCGGUUUUGGGCCAACCUUGGACGUCACGCAUUCUCGCCGGUUAGCGACCUCGCUGGCCUCGCAGCGCGAAGCAGAGGACACGGACGCCAAAGAAUCGGGAGGGCGGAGUAGCUCAUCUAGCUCUACAAUUAGUGGCGCUAGUGAGUCUUCCUCACUGGAGGGAGCUAAGACUCGCCAGAGUGGCCAGAGAGCCUCUCAAGAGGGUCGCACGGUGGAACAGGACCAAUUACUUGAAGCUGUUCGCAUCAUGAAGGAUAGUGCCAAUGGCAUAGUGGUGACAACGACGGAGGAAGGUGGCCCGGGUGAUGAAUUAUCGUCGGUGAUUCUGAGCAGUGAAGCGGAAAGAAUUCUCGAGAACGCGAAGAAACGGCUCACGCUCAUGGAAGGAAAUUUGACGCGAGCUCGGUCUUCAAUGCGGACAUCGCCAUCACUUUCGGUGUCGCCAACACCGUCCCAGGGCAAUCAAGCGAUGGGACUCGGUCAACCGGUUGGCGGCCUAUAUCAGUCGAUUUCUCGUGCAGAUCGCAGAGCAUCGACUCGCCCUCGCGCGACGUAUAUCUCAUCCCAGGAUACUAAUACCAAUCGACAUUCCCGAGUUUACAGCGAAACCCGUUUGCCGUCCGCCGAUCAAUCGAGUCUGCCAACUGUCGAACCGGACCUGUCCCGAUCUUUCAGCGCCUUGGGUUCGAGCAGUGUCUCGAACUUUAACAAUGACGAGCGAACAUUUCGCUAUGAUGCUUCUAGAUCAUAUCUCACCCACCGUGCGUCUAUGUCGAAGCCGCACUCGGCUCGCGCUUCUCCGUCUAACUUCCAGGAAGACAGCUCAGGCUCACCCAGAGGAUUGGGUAUCUCGGCGGAAGAUAGGGAGGACAAUAUCGAGGAGCAGAGUUACUCUGUGUCUGACCCACCGUCUCGGUCACAAUCGCAGGUGCAAGUGAGAGACCUCCAAGAUCAGAUGAAGGGCCUCCACAUAAAGAUCUCUAGCCUCAAAGUGAAAGCGCAGGAAGAUAAUUUACGUCGACGUAGCUUACAGAGUUUGCGAACCCCCAGCCCUUUCACAGCGGCAGACCAGUACUUUACCAAUACUAUGGAGUUGAAAGAAAGCCAUUUGCGACCCAAUGCGGUACGGAGUCCGGACUAUCCGCAAGAGAGCCGACUCAGCGGAGAAUAUGAAAACGCUCGGGACGGAAAUGAAGCCGUCGCUGGCCACUACGGAAACGAGACAUCUAAUGCAAAACUCCCGCCAUCGAGAAACGCACAGAUCCCCGAGCCUCUGGACGAGGAUGGGCGGUCGGUCAUUGAAAGCCUAUACGAGGAUGCAGAGGAAGAAUAUCAUUCUGAUGACUCAUCUGACAUUGAUCGUGAGGCCUUAAGUGAGAUUCUGCGCGAGCCUCUGGAUAGUGACUUGGAUGACCUUGACGCAUUCCCAGCGGUGCCAGGUUCCGACGCUCGGCCCCAUGAAGAGCGUGAAGAUGCAUUUGACUACGAAAAUUUCAUUCUCCAUAGCGCCCUGGGUAAUUACUCGGCUAGACUAAGACGCUCAAGUAAUGUCUCAACUUCAUCGGUUGAGACUACACGGCCCUAUCACGAUCGCCCUCACGUCCGCCAUUCCCGGACGAACAGCGGGGCAUCUCUGUCCACCGUUGCAUCGUACGCAACUGCGACCGAAGGAGAUCCCGACGACCUUGACAGUGUCCUCUAUUGGGAUCGGAGAUUUAAUGAUGUAAUCAGCAUUAUCCUGAGCGUGCUGGUUCUCAACAACAGACAAGGGAGGCGGAAUCAGAGAUGGGAACGCCGCGUGCUAUCCGAAGACAGCCAAGCAAGAGAGUCAAUGACGAAUAUCUGUCGGCUCGACAAUCCAUGA